CAUAACAUGAUUCACAAUGUAAAGGCUCUGAAAACUGAAAAUCUAAGGAAGACAAAAUAGAUUUGGCAAUCGCAGGAGCUGGAUGACCGAGUCUACGAUGCCAAGUGGACUCUUGGAUAGCUUGAUACGCAACGGUUGGGAGUUUGGAAGGAAGUGUGUAUAACCCAUGCUCACAGAGGCCCUUGUACCGCACCUGGUUGGAUGAGUAACAGCAUUCACCACAUCACGUUCAGGGAUCUCUUCUUUCAAGGCAUCGAGAUCCGAGAGAAUAGUUGCCACAUCAUCAAGGUAUUGUGUCAUAGUUUUGGUACCUUUACGAAGAGUGUGGAGUUUGUCCCGAAGCUGAUAAACAUGAGCGGUGGACACGGAGUUGUACCGUGCGGCCAAAGCAUCCCAGAGGGCAGUAGAUGUGGUGAAGCCGCAAGCAUGUUUGUGAACGGAGGGGCUGAUGACCGCUAGGAGGCAGGCGCGGAUCUGUGUGUCAACGAUGGUCCAGGAGGUAUACUCUGGAUUAGGGACGGUUUUAUCGUUUUUGGAGAUAGUUGGCGCCCCCCGACGAAGUACUGGUAGUUAGGUAGGUUCCUCCUCUAAUCGACUUUCUCGACAGACCUGUAACUCUCUGCAUGCCGGAUAAUUUGUUUCGGUGAGUUUUUCUGGGAUUAAGUUGUGGAGACUCCGAAGUAAAAGUUUUACUCCGGA